UUGGCUUAUAUCUCGCCGGCUUCGUCCUGCUUUUCUUUUCUUCUCCGUCUUCUUCCCCGUCCCUUUUGCCUGGAACCGCAAAUACGAAGCAGAGACUCGACCGAGCUCGAGAUCCAGACACAAACCUUAACAACACAAGAAAAAUAUCUCGUCCUGCUUUUCUCUCUCUCUCUUCUCUUCUUCUUCUUCUUGUUCUCUUCUUCGCCUUCUCUACUUCUUCUUUAUCUCCAUCUGCGCCUUUAUCCUGCCCCCUUCGCCUCCUUUAUCCUCCCUGCUGUCCAUCCUCAGAGUGCAGCUGUCUGCUACUGA